UAUACCUAUGUAAUACAUCCGAUAAGCAACUAUGAGUUUGCAAACUUUAAACGAUGUAGCCUAUGGCCUAUUUAGUAAAUUCCCCGGAGCCGAUUAGGCUAGAUCUCCAUAGCAAUCUGUUAAUCAUUCUAUUUCAAUGUCGACUCGGGCAGCACAUCUGUUUUUCAUGGUUCAAUUCAUCCGACUUUCACUUACCUAUUCAGAAAGUACAGACACAGUCACUUGCUCCAGUGCAGAGCAGCUGUUGUCUGCACCAAUCGACACCCUGGAUGGUCAACUAGCAACUAGGCAUCUCCAACGACUCCCAGUUAAGCCUCUUCUGUGAACGCGACUGUGUAGUUGCUACAGAUCCCUUGACUAUACAGACUAAUACAUAACUAGAUAAACAACAAGCACAGGAGGCAGCGGUGAGACUCUGAAGGGUUUCUGUUGGGAUGGCUUUGGUCCUCUCCCCACGAAGAUGCUGUUGGCUCAUGCCUCCUGUGACGCUGGUCUCCAUGGCCGUGUGGAUGCUGUUCACAGGUCCAAACGAGCUCACCUCUCACCUCAGGCACCAAGAUACCUGGUGGGACUACACUGACGCCAACCUCAGCUCCAAGGGCACCUGCAACUGCGACGCCAUCCUGAGAGGAGAGCCGGAGGCCGUGGAGCAGGCAAAACUCCUCAGCUUGGAGCGACUGUUUCGGAAACACACACGCCUCUCAGACGAUCACUUCUUAAACGUCAGCCAGGACUGCGGCACCUUCCUGUCCUCCAGGAAGUACCUGUCUUUUCCCUUGAGCCGCGAGGAGGCAGAGUUUCCUAUUGCCUUCUCGCUGGUUGUCCACCACAAGGUGCACAACUUUGAGAGGCUCCUGAGGUCCAUUUACGCCCCUCAGAACUUCUACUGCGUGCACGUAGACACCAAGGCGCCGGCCUCCGUUUUGGCCGCCGUCACCUCUAUCACUUCCUGUUUCCAGAACGUCUUCCUGUGUAGCCGGCCGGUGAGGGUGGUCUACGCAGGGUGGUCGCGCGUCCAGGCCGACAUCAACUGCAUGCGCGACCUCUACAACAUCAGCGCCUCGUGGAAGUACUUUGUCAACCUGUGUGGUCAGGACUUCCCCAUCAAGACCAACCUGGAGAUGGUGCGUAGCCUGAAGGCGCUGAAGGGUCGGAACAGCAUGGAGUCAGAGAACGGGGGCUCUAAGGAGGGGCGCUGGAAAAAAGUCCACACGGUGGUAGACGGGCAGGUGCAGAGAACGGAAGUGGACAAGUCGCCUCCUCCCUUCAACCUGCCCAUCAAAUCAGGGGGGGCCUACAUAGUAGUGACGCGGGGCUUCGUAGAGCACGUUCUGACAGAUAGCAGGGUCCUGGAGCUGCUUAAAUGGGCUGAAGACACCUACAGCCCGGAUGAGUUCCUGUGGGCGACAAUCCAGAGGAUGCCCAGGGUGCCUGGCAGCCAGAGGCCUAGCGUCAAGUUCGACACCUCCGACCUGCAGGCCAUCGCCAGGCUGGUGAAGUGGCAGUGGCAUGAGGGUGCGGAGGAGGCCAAGGAAGCCGUGUACCCGCCCUGCCAGGGACACCACGUCAGGUCCGUGUGCGUGUACGGGGCAGGGGACCUCUGGUGGAUGUUGCAGCAGCAUCACUUGUUUGCCAACAAGUUCGACGUGGACGAUGAUCUCGUGGCUGUCCACUGUCUUGAGAAGCACCUUCGAAAUAAGGCCCUGACCUUCAUGAGACACUGAGCUUUGGGGUUCUACAGCGCGGCAAAGCAGACAAACUUAAAGGUUGAGAAGGAACACAAAAAAAAACGCUUAAAGGACAAUGGGGUUCGAAUUUCUUGCGUGGCUGUUUCCCAUCCGGGUGGAGCAAAUAAGUAACCUAUUUGGUGAGCACUAGUGAGCAUUUUUCUUUAUUUUUUAAAUUAUUUAAGCACUACUGAAGCUAGUGAUACAACGGAAGAUUGUUGUUAUUACAAGGAGAAUAAUUGUACAUAUUGUUUUGUAAGUUUUUGGGGGUUUAAUUCUUGCAUAUACUCAGGAAGGAUGUCUUUGUUUGGUUGGGUUGCAUAUUUAAGGAAGAGACACCACAUCAUUUAUAGUUCUGAUGGUAAAUUUACUGAAUAUCUUGAUUAUUUUACCGUGAACAAAUGCACAAAUAAAUGAUUAAU